ACUGACUCUACCACAUACGCCCACUACCUCCGGCCCAAUCCACCUGGCACAUUCGCUGUUUUAAACACUAUUUAUCCCUAAAGUGACUCGUUACAUAUAAAGCUCCACGAAGAGAUCGAAAACUUCAGACUAUCAACGAUGGCACGCCCGCGUCAGGGUCCCUCCAGCACGAUCGUGAUCAAACUAGGAACCUCCUCCAUUGUCCAUGAGAAGACUCACCAGCCGCUGCUUUCUACGCUUUCCGCGGUGGUGGAGACGGUCGUCCACCUGCGGGAGCAGGGGCACAAGGUCGUGCUCGUUAGCUCGGGGGCGAUCGGCGUGGGGUUGAAACGCAUGAAUAUGCCGCAUAGACCGAAGGGAUUGUCAGGAAAACAGGCACUGGCUGCCAUCGGUCAAGGUCGACUGAUUGCCCUAUGGGACAACUUGUUCAGUCAGCUGGAACAGCCCAUCGCACAGGUGCUACUCACUAGAGGAGAUAUCUCAGACCGUACUCGUUAUUUGAAUGCCGUGAACACAUUCAAGGAGCUGCUAUCCAUGGGUGUCAUUCCCAUUGUUAACGAAAAUGACACCGUAUCCGUUAGCGAAAUCAAAUUUGGCGACAAUGACACACUUUCCGCCAUUACCGCUUCUAUGAUUCAUGCGGACUAUCUCUUUCUCUUAACUGAUGUCGAUGGGCUGUACACUGCCAACCCGCGAAAAGAUCCCAAUGCAAAACUUCUAGAGGUCGUCCCGUCCGUGGCGUCAAUCCGCUCACAAGUUAGCACGUCGACGUUGGGUUCGAGUCUGGGGACCGGUGGCAUGGAGACCAAGCUCAUCGCCGCCGACAUUGCGACAGCCGCUGGAGUCACCACCAUCAUCACGUCCAGCAAAGACCCCAAGAGCGUAUUCAAGAUAAUUGAGUACAACAACGCUCUUCGGUCCGGCUCAUCAACACCCGCUCACCCACAGUCGGGACGCUCAAGUCCUAUCUCGUCUCUGCCCACCGUCCACGCUGUCCCCACAUCAGACUCUACCACACCAUCACCACGAAGUGGUACGCCUCUGGGUUUGCUCCGACCUCCACACACAGUGUUCACACCAUCACCCGCACCGAUGCGCGACCUCAAAGCCUGGACGAGUCAUACGCUGCACCCAUCCGGCAGCGUGGUCAUCGACCACGGUGCCCAUGCUGUACUGUCUCGGAGAGAAUCUGGCGGACGCCUCCUUCCUGCGGGCGUCCUCGGUGUGCGUGGAGCCUUUGCCUCUGGCCAGGCAGUGCGAAUAGUAGUGAGGAAACGGCUCGCGCAUGAACUACACCCAACAGCGUCUGCCCCGGAACUCGGGACGUCAACUCCCAACACACCUCUGUUGCUAGCCACCGCAUCUGUGUCGUCGUCGAUAUCUACCCUGGAUCCGGGAUUGGAGUUGUCGGACAUCGCCACACAUGUACUCUCCGUCGUCGAUGAGGAGGCAACGCCUUCGGUCACUCAAAGAGUGCUGCCGGAAGACCAUGUACUUGUCGAAAAGCCGGUGGAGGAGUGCGACGAAUGGGAGGUGGAAGAGGUCGGACGAGGUCUGGCCAAUUACAACUCAGUCCAGAUCGACAAGGUCAAGGGACUGAAAAGCUCGUACAUCGCCCAGCUACUCGGAUAUGCAGAUUCCGAAUACGUCGUAGAGAACAUCACUGUCCGUGUACCCCCAUGACAUCCUGAUCCACGUCAGCGUUGUUUAUCUGGUAUGCAACGUUCUACCGAUAGUGCUUUUUGACGUCGCGGAGGGAGCUGCCGAAGAGUAACCGUUAGAGUUUGUCGUGCGAGGAUCAGAGAUUCUUCGUCUACAAGCAGGCAUGAGGCAGAGUGCUGUGCAGCCUGCUCCUCAACGUUCUCGACGUGCACUUCUCUC